AUGGCCGCGAUCGCAACUUCGGAGGAGGCGGGCUUCGUCAGGAAAGGCAACUAUUGGAUCUGUAAGCUGUCGUCGGAAGAUGGCACCAUCUGCGAUCAGAGCUUCUUGCGUUCCAAGAAGGAACCUUUCCGAGAGCACAGGAUCAAUGUCCACUCUGAGGCAGGGCCACUCCCUGCUCUCAAGCCAGGCCGAGUCUCAACCAAAACGAAGGCCGAACACGAUGCUGAUCAUGCAGCAAAACAGGCGAGAUACGCAGCUAGGAAGGGAAGCGAAGUCAUGAAGGAGCAGAGGGAUGCAUGCAAGCUCAAGAAGCAGCUCGAAAUUCAUAGGAACAGUUUCAAGAAGCAGUUCCCAUUCCAGUCAGACAUCUCUAAGCCUCAGCUCCGACUCCCCGGCAUCAUGACUUUCCUGAGCAAUGGAAUCUCUCACACCCCUGGGGAGCUGGAUGAAAGCCCUGUUUGCGUGCAUACCAUGUGGGAACUGGCGAGGCAUAAGCUCUGUGUGGUCAGCCUGGCUCAGCUCUGCACGAAGGCGAAUCAUCCCGAUCACAUCGCGCAAUCUGCGUUGCGUGCCUAUGUGGAACACGCAGGGUUGGACUUUGGGGAGGAUUCUCUGAGCUGGCACCACGGAGUUGCCGAGCAUGUGCAACCUAUGCGUGGCACUCGGGGCAUCCGGUCCUUGCAGUCGCUGAGGCUCGUUACUCCAAACGAAACGCUCGUGAAUGACUCUGGAGACGUUCUCCAAGAAGACCACUUUGGGUCUCAGUUCAUCGACCAGACGGAUCAUCUCGUAGAAGAGUCCACUCCUGGAGUCUGCCAAGCCUUUCCUCAGUCCUGCCGAUGA